UGACCAUCAGUGAUGUCAUAAAACGUCAACACCAUGACGUCAAUACGUAACGCCGUAUCCAUGUCGGGACGUCAGUUGCUGAAACAUACACACAGCGCCAUAGCAGAAUUUUCUCGCGGUAUACAUAUUUCAAUAUUUCAGCGUUAUCUCCAACAAAAAGAUGACAACUAAACGGAAUGAUCUUGUGAAAGUCCAUCUUAGGGUGUACAAGCCCCUCGAUAGUUACCAAGGCAGAUCAAACGAGUACUUUGUUGCCGUGGUUGGUCCCGGGUUACAACUUGGGAAUGAUGACCCAAAUAUAGCUCCAAGAUGUAAGCCUGUUGGUCACAAUUACUGGGUAAAAGAUUUGUGGCUGCAAAAAGAAAGUACAAUCCACUAUAAAUUUCUGGUAGUAAAAGCAUGUACUGGAGCUGCCGUGGACAUUGAAACCAUACUGCCGCACAAAAUCUACAUUGGUCAAAAACCUGUCAUGGUUGAACAUACAUUUAACAAACAAGCAUUCGUAGGAAAAGAAGUACACGAGGGCUAUAAUCAUUCAACGACGGUUGUAGGAAGAAAAGACACCUUUCACGUGCCAUCUCUCAAUAUACCAAAAUCAGAUAAAGUGAGUUUCGUCGUGCCAAAAAUUAGAAAUCCACCAAAAUACACGCCACCAAGAAACAUAGGGAUGAUACUGCAUAAAAACAUGGUACCUGUCACAGACAAUUCCAAAGAUUUGAACACAUCUUUGCCCCCGGCAGCACACCAGAAAGAAUGUCACAACAAUUUACCAAGUAUGAAAGAAGAACAGACACAGAAUAAAGUUGAUCAGUUCAAACACACUUCUACAAAUACAGUAAAUGCAAAGGCUCCUGACACACAGCUGACUAAGACAAAGAACACUCAUUCUCAAAGCAUCAUAGAUGUUAUUGUAUCCUCUGCUAAGUCAGAUUCAGAGGGCGAGCAGGGCGAUGGCGCCAAAUUUGUAAAUGGCGUUUCGGAAGAUAAGGGAGGUCACUCUCGAUAUUUUAAAGUGGGGAAAAAGAGCCUGGUUGUGGUUGCUGCUGGAGUUGCACUUGCAUCUUGCCUAGGAUAUUUUGCAUUCUAUAAAAGAUGAAUUUUAUUUGUAUCACAUGAAUCAAAGAUAUAUUAUUUUGUAAUGGAUAAAGAAAUUCAGUAAGAAAUUUUCUUUG